GCGCAGCCAUGGCGGACGACGAGCUGUUGCCCGUCCUCUCCUUCGGGAACCUCAUGAGCGAGGGGAUAGCCCUGAGCCGGCGCGGCCAGCACGAAAAGGCUCUGGGCCGCUUCAAUGACGCCCUGAAGCUGAGAGGAGCAGACAAGCACUGCCUCAUCACCCGCUCCAAGUGUUUUCUGAGACUUGGGGACACAGAAAACUCCCUGAAAGAUGCCGAAGCCUCUCUCCAAAUUGACGAUACAUUCUAUGAGGGGCUUUACCAGAAAGCAGAGAGCCUGUAUGCCAUGGGGGACUUUGAGUUUGCACUGGUGUUUUACCACCGAGGCCGAAGGCUCCGCCCCGACCUGCACAAGUUCCUGCUGGGCAUCCACAAGGCUGAGGAGGCCAUAAUCAACUGCAUUGGGAAUCCAUCCACAGUGAAGCUGGAGAACAAGGAGGGGCUGUGCUUUGUGAGCAGGCAGGCAGAGCUGCAGAGCAAAAAAGACAGCCAGAAACAGCAAAAAAAACCAAAGGACCAAAAGGAUCAAAAACACACCAAGAAGAAGAGUCCAAAAACAGAGCAACAGCUUCUGGGACGGCUUUAUGAUGACAAGGCAUAUCUGGAGAAGUUGCUCAAGGAUGAAGACUUGAUGCAGAGCAGCACAAGGCAGGGGACCAAAGUCAUGGACCUGGUUAUGGGUGGCAUCUCCUACCUGAACCAGCGGCGGGACUUCUGGCAGCAGCAGAAGCCGAUGUACGCGCGCGAGUACGAGCGCAAGCUCCUGCGGCUGGGCUGGGGGCGGGACAGGAAACUGAAACCAGCCGAGAUCGCCAGGGCCAUCGCCAAGGAGAUGGAGGAUAUCGAGCAGAUGCUGGCCAGAGGUUCCGCUGAGCAAAGCUGCAGGAAAGCUGAACAUCUGCUGAAGAAGAUACGAGCCUGGUCAGAGGAUGAUGUUCCCAACAAGUAUGAACUGAUUGGGAACCUCCACAGCUGCAUUGGGAAUGCCCAGCUGGCAAUGGGACAGAUGGAGGCAGCUUUGCACAGCCAUAAGAUGGAUCUGGAAUGUGCCAGGGAGCACUCUCUGACAGAUUCCGUGUCCCGGGCCCUGGACAACAUCGGCCACGUGUACGCCCGACUUGGAAAGUUCCAGCAGGCCAUCAGCACCUGGGAGGAGAAGAUUCCACUGGCCCAGUCCAGCCUGGAGAAGGCCUGGCUGUUCCAUGAAAUUGGGCGGUGCUACCUCGAGCUGGACAAUGCUGAAGUAGCCCAGGAUUAUGGAGAGCAGUCCCUGCAGUCAGCCGAUGAAGAGGGAGAUGUGGAGUGGCAGCUCCAUGCCACUGUGCUGGUGGCACAGGCACAAGUGAAAUUGAAAAAUUACCCGUCUGCAAUCCUGAAUUUUGAAAGGGCUCUGGAGAAGGCAAGGCUUUUGCCCAGUGAAACUGCUCAAAAUGGCAUCAUUGCGGCCUUGGAUAACGUGAGCAAAAGCCUCAUUGCAGAGCUGAACAAAGGCCAGAAAGACGGGGCGAUUCCCUCACAUGAAGGUACUUGUUGUUCACACCUCUGCACCCAGAAAUGGGGAAAAUCCCCACUCUCCUGUUCUGCACCUCAGAAUUCCCACAGCACCCGUUUCCUUGCAAGUAUUGAAUUAAAAUCUUGGUGGAAGUCUGGGAUUGCCUCAGCUGCACUCCCAGGUCUGGCCAUGCCCAGCUCCCUGAGUGUCCCCUGCAGGCUGUCACAAUGUCACCAUCAUCCCAGCCCUGUCCCAGCCCUGCUGGGGUUCGGGGAGGGUUCUGGCAGGGCGCUGUGUUCUAGGACUUGGCUUAAGUUUCCUUUUCCCUUCCCAGAUCGCCUUUUCAGCAGGGAAAGCAUAAAAACCACCGCUGAGAAUGUGGAAGAGGAGGAGGAGAAAGGGAAUGAAGAUGAACAGCCAUAAGAGGAAGCCAGAAACGAUAUAGAGAAUAAGAAAGGUUAAAGGGGGGGGGGGGAAGUAAAUAAGCAGAAGAAAAGGUUAAAGGGGGAAAAUAGACAAGGAAAUAAAGGACAGCAAAGGGAAAAAGUAGAGCCUAGGCGGGAAGUUGAAAUAAAUAUUGAGCAAGCGUCGUACCCAGCAGUGCAGUGGUGCGUCCCUAGCCGGGAAGGA